AUGAACUUUUCAAAAUGUCAUGCAUCAAAAUGUACACUGAUCACUAAUAUGAGCGAUUGGCGAGAGGCUGAUGCACUUGUAAUCACAGAAGGUAUAGUGCCUAGUGGACUUCGGCCACCAGAGCAGUUAUGGUUUGCCUUACUACAAGAAUCUCCUGCACACAUUGCAAUGGCAGAUUUUUUGGAAAGUGAAGUAAGUGGUUUUGGUCGUUUCAUUGUUCUUGUUGGUCGUUCUGAUGUUGACUGUCAUAAACAGGUGUUUAACAAAAAUGGCAAAACUGAAUUUAGUCUAUUCUAUUGA